UGUUGCAAUUACUAAAUGAAUAUUCUCAAUUAUCGUAUUACAGAUAAAAAGCCUUCCGGUAAAUCAAAGGACGAGCAAAUGGCCGAAAAGAAACAAGAAUUGGAGAAACGGUUACAGGACGUAACUGGCCAAUUGGGCGCUAGCAAGAAAACAGCCAAGAAAGAUGAGACAACGUCUAGCAAAGUCGAGGCUGUGCAGCCAGCGAAUCCUGUCUCCUCUAGUUCAAGUUCCAGCGAUUCAUCGUCCUCGAGUUCGAGUGAUAGCAGUUCGAGUGACUCGAGCGACAGUGAAGCAGGUUAGGACGCGUUUUGUUUGUUUGUUUCUUUGUUUGUUUUUUUUUUUUUUUUAUAUAUAUUU